AUGACAUCAUCACUGUUGUUUCAUCAUCGCGCGCUUCCCAUCACUGUGUCGGCGAGACAUCGUUCUGCGUCUUGUACUUCUUCUUCUCGCGUAAAAACGAACGCGCUGUCCCUUCAUGUCGUCAACUUCGACGUCGUACAUUCGUCGUCCAAUUUUCGCCGCCAACGACCGUUGCGAAGACAAAAGCGGUUCCCGAAGCGAGGGUUCCCAAUCAACGCGGGCGGGUACGAGGGGCAAACGGAAGAAGAAAACAACGCGCUGGAGAAUCUACGAAGGCAGAGAAAUCAGAGAGAUGUUCGCAGAGAAGGUUUGAAGCCGUUCGUGGCACCGACGAGGAAUGCAUUAACCACCACCACGAACGACAGGUUUUCCUCGUACUGGGAGGACGAAGAGGACGACGACGAGAGGAACGACAACAACAAGAAUCCUCCAAAUCCGAGAGGAGUGCCGCCGAGAUGGCAGAACGUGCUGAAGAAGUACGUGUUAAACCCGUACGGAGUGUUCGCUCUCGUCGCUUUGCUUUCAGUUUUGAAUCCUCAAUACAUCGAUAAAGGCCGAUCGAACUUAGCGAUGCAACUGUACAACCGAGACACGCCGGGCGAUAUCGUCGCGUACAAGACCAAGGACGGGAACUUGUUCAAAGUUUCGAAAGAUGAGGGAAUAAUCACGUAUAACGGGAAAGAUGGGAUGGUGGUGGAUAGUAAAGGAGGCGUGUGGAUUGCGGUUGCAAGGAAGGAUCAGCCGGAAAUUGUCAAGGAGAAGUAUUACGUCGGGCAGAUUGAAGACGUGCCGGUGUUGCCGAAGAACCCGACGAAAGGCGAACAGAAGUUGUUCGAUAAGUACAUGCAAGAGACGUUCGCGAAGACUUUGCAGGACGUGCCGAAAGAUUUGAAGAAGGUGUACAAUACGAAAGAUCCAGAGUUUAUUUUACCGUUAACGGAGAAGGAGAUCGCGGAGGAUGGGUAUUAUUUUGGAGACGAGGAGGAUUGGAUGGCGCGAAGAGACUGA